GAAAGCACGAACACCCUUUCACCUCUUGCCAGAGGGAGCGACUACUCCCAGGCUCCCGGGCCGUUUCGAUUGACGUUACUUCCGGGAAAAGUAACCUUUCUCCGGCGGUUGCAGGCCUGGAAAGGACUCGCGACGUUUGCUCGCGCGAGAUCUGCUUGCUCACUCUAGCGACGACAUCCUCCUCCUCCUCCCCGCCGCCUUUCGGCAAUCUUCGCCAGCCCCAGCCCCGACCAAUCUGCACUCAGAUGGCAUGGAUCAGGGUCUCCCCCGCGAACCCCGGUCCGCGCGGGGCGUCCGGCGGCAGCGGCGGGGUGCGAGUUGCACGAGGCCGGCGGCAGCGGCACAGCAGGCGGCCACGGGCCGGCGGCGAGCAGCGAGCGUGGGCGGGGCGGGGGUUAGCCAGCAGAGUAGCGGCUCGAUUGUUCUGGCCUGGCUAUGGCGCCUCUCCUCCCCCCCGCCAUGGCUCCCCGUGUCCCUGCUCCGCUCCUCUCAGUGAGUGAAAGUGGCCGCCGCCGCCGCCGGCCCAGCGCCCGCAGCCGCCUCAGCGCCGCCGCCAUCUUGGGGUCCCAGGAGCCGCUGAGGGAGCGAGCGAGGAGCGUCCACGCCCAACGCAGUCACCGUCCCACGGCCUCGGAGAGCGAAGCGCGGCUCCACCGUCGGCGGGGCGACCCCCCCCUCCGGACCCCGCCCGCACCCCGCCCCCCCCUCCGCCGCCGCUGCGGCGGCGGGGCCCGGCGGCCCGAGCUGUGCAUCCAGAGACCCUUGUGCAUGAAGACAGAUUUGUUCUAUGGCCUCGGAGUUGGGUGCCGGGGACGAUGGCGGCUGUACUGAGCUGGCAAAGCCCCUCUAUCUUCAGUACCUGGAGAGGGCCCUCCGGUUGGACCAUUUCCUGCGACAAACAUCAGCCAUCUUCAACAGGAAUAUUUCUAGUGAUGAAAGUGAAGAUGGACUGGAUGACAGUAACCCAUUAUUGCCCCAGUCUGGGGAUCCCUUAAUACAAGUUAAGGAAGAGCCUUCCAAUUCAUUGCUUGGUGAACCUUCUGGAUCAGGCAAUUCUGGAAUGUUAAACACAUACUCACUGAAUGGAGUUCUACAAUCAGAAUCGAAAUCUGACAAAGGGAAUUUAUAUAACUUCUCUAAGUUGAAGAAAAGCAGAAAGUGGCUAAAGAAUAUUCUGCUAAGUGAUGAGUCCAGUGAGGCAGAUUCUCAGAGUGAAGAUAGUGAAGAAGAAGAAGAGGAGGAAGAACUCAAUCUCAGUAGAGAAGAUCUUCAUAAUAUGCUACGGCUGCACAAGUACAAGAAACUUCAUCAGACUAAGUAUAGCAAAGACAAGGAGUUGCAGCAAUACCAGUACUACAGUGCAGGCCUGCUCUCCACAUAUGAUCCUUUUUAUGAACAACAACGGCAUCUCCUUGGACCCAAAAAAAAGAAAUUCAAGGAAGAGAAGAAACUUAAAGCCAAGUUGAAAAAAGUGAAGAAAAAAAGACGAAGGGAUGAAGAACUUUCCUCAGAAGAGUCCCCUCGUCGCCAUCACCACCAAACCAAAGUCUUUGCCAAGUUUUCUCAUGAUGCACCUCCUCCUGGCACCAAGAAGAAGCACUUAUCCAUUGAGCAGCUUAAUGCUCGUCGCAGGAAAGUAUGGCUCAGCAUUGUGAAAAAGGAACUACCAAAAGCCAACAAGCAGAAAGCUUCAGCUCGUAACCUGUUUCUCACCAAUAGCCGAAAGCUUGCCCAUCAGUGCAUGAAGGAGGUACGUCGAGCUGCCUUGCAGGCCCAAAAGAACUGUAAGGAGACUUUGCCUCGUGCCCGCCGCCUUACAAAGGAGAUGCUCCUAUAUUGGAAGAAAUACGAAAAGGUAGAAAAGGAACACCGAAAGCGUGCAGAAAAAGAAGCAUUGGAGCAGCGGAAGUUGGAUGAAGAAAUGCGGGAGGCCAAGAGGCAACAGAGAAAACUCAACUUUUUAAUCACCCAGACAGAGUUGUAUGCUCAUUUCAUGAGUCGCAAGCGAGACAUGGGUCAUGAUGGAAUCCAAGAAGAAAUCUUAAGGAAAUUGGAAGACAGUUCUACUCAGAGACAAAUUGACAUUGGCGGAGGGGUGGUAGUUAACAUCACACAGGAAGAUUAUGAUAGCAACCAUUUCAAAACCCAGGCUCUGAAGAAUGCUGAAAAUGCUUACCAUAUUCAUCAAGCUCGGACAAGGUCUUUUGAUGAAGAUGCAAAAGAAAGUCGAGCAGCUGCUCUCCGGGCAGCAAAUAAAUCUGGCACUGGGUUUGGGGAGAGUUACAGCCUGGCCAACCCAUCUAUUCGCGCUGGCGAGGAUAUUCCACAACCCACGAUUUUUAAUGGCAAAUUAAAAGGUUAUCAGCUGAAAGGCAUGAAUUGGUUGGCAAAUCUCUAUGAACAGGGUAUUAAUGGAAUUCUCGCCGAUGAAAUGGGCCUUGGCAAAACAGUACAGAGCAUUGCUCUCCUGGCUCACCUGGCAGAAAGAGAGAAUAUUUGGGGACCUUUCUUAAUAAUUUCACCUGCUUCUACACUUAACAAUUGGCAUCAGGAGUUUACUAGAUUUGUUCCAAAAUUUAAGGUGCUACCAUAUUGGGGAAAUCCUCAUGACAGGAAAGUAAUCAGAAGAUUUUGGAGUCAGAAAACCCUCUACACUCAGGAUGCCCCCUUCCACGUGGUCAUCACUAGUUAUCAGCUGGUCGUGCAAGAUGUAAAGUACUUCCAGCGGGUCAAGUGGCAGUACAUGGUAUUGGAUGAGGCUCAGGCACUCAAGAGUAGCUCCAGUGUUCGUUGGAAGAUCCUCUUGCAGUUCCAAUGUCGGAAUCGUCUUUUGCUAACUGGGACCCCUAUUCAGAACACCAUGGCAGAGCUCUGGGCUCUGCUACACUUCAUUAUGCCAACAUUAUUUGAUUCACAUGAGGAAUUUAAUGAAUGGUUUUCCAAGGACAUUGAGAGCCAUGCAGAAAACAAAUCCGCCAUUGAUGAGAAUCAGCUCUCUCGUUUACACAUGAUUUUAAAGCCUUUUAUGCUGAGGAGAAUCAAGAAAGAUGUGGAGAAUGAAUUGUCCGACAAGAUUGAGAUUCUGAUGUAUUGCCAACUGACCAGCCGACAGAAGCUGCUGUAUCAGGCACUGAAGAAUAAAAUUUCCAUUGAGGAUUUAUUGCAGUCUUCUAUGGGCUCUACCCAGCAAGCACAGACCACCACCAGCAGCCUCAUGAAUCUGGUCAUGCAGUUUAGGAAGGUGUGUAAUCACCCAGAGUUAUUUGAAAGGCAAGAAACUUGGUCUCCAUUUCAUAUUUCCCUAAAGCCAUAUCAGAUUUCAAAGUUUAUUUACCGUCAUGGACAGAUCAGGGUUUUCAACCAUUCACGAGACAGGUGGUUAAGGGUUCUUCUUUCUCCAUUUGCACCUGAUUAUAUCCAGCAAUCUCUGUUUCACAGAAAAGGUGUUAAUGAAGAAAGUUGUUUCUCUUUUCUUCGCUUUAUUGAUGUUUCUCCAUCAGAAAUGGCAAACCUUAUGCUUCAGGGACUUUUGGCCAGAUGGUUAGCUCUUUUCCUGUCUCUGAAAGCCUCCUACAGGCUCCAUCAGCUGCGUUCCUGGGGAGAGCCAGAAGGAGAUACCCACCAGAGAUAUCUCAGAAACAAGGAUUUCCUCCUUGGGGUUAAUUUUCCACUCUCCUUUCCUAAUCUUUGUAGCUGCCCUUUGUUAAAGUCUCUUGUUUUCAGCAGCCACUGUAAAGCAGUGAGUGGCUAUUCAGACCAGGUCAUCCAUCAGCGGAGAUCAGCUACCUCCUCGCUUCGUUGCUGCCUGCUCACUGAGCUGCCAUCUUUUUUGUGUGUGGCCAGCCCACGAGUCACCGCGGUGCCAUUGGACUCUUACUGCAAUGACCGGAGUGCAGAAUAUGAGCGACGAGUGUUGAAAGAAGGAGGGAGCCUGGCAGCUAAGCAGUGUUUGUUAAAUGGGGCCCCAGAACUGGCAGCGGACUGGCUAAAUCGACAGUCCCAGUUCUUCCCAGAGCCAGCGGGAGGACUGUGGAGCAUUAGGCCUGAGAACGGGUGGUCUUUCAUCAGGAUUCCAGGCAAAGAGAGCCUCAUCACUGACAGUGGAAAGCUGUAUGCUCUUGAUGUCUUGCUGACUCGGCUCAAGUCUCAAGGACACAGGGUCCUCAUCUACUCCCAGAUGACCAGGAUGAUAGACCUGCUGGAGGAAUAUAUGGUUUACAGAAAGCAUACCUACAUGAGGCUUGAUGGGUCAUCCAAGAUCUCGGAGAGGCGGGACAUGGUUGCUGAUUUUCAGAACAGGAAUGACAUCUUUGUGUUCCUGCUAAGCACACGAGCUGGAGGAUUGGGUAUCAACCUCACCGCUGCAGAUACGGUGAUUUUCUAUGACAGUGACUGGAACCCCACUGUGGACCAGCAAGCCAUGGACAGGGCCCAUCGCUUGGGGCAGACAAAACAAGUUACUGUCUACCGGCUUAUCUGCAAAGGCACCAUUGAAGAACGCAUCCUGCAGCGGGCCAAGGAGAAAAGUGAGAUUCAGCGAAUGGUGAUUUCUGGUGGGAACUUCAAACCAGAUACCUUGAAACCCAAAGAAGUAGUUAGUCUUCUUCUAGACGAUGAAGAGUUGGAGAAGAAACUAAGACUGCGGCAGGAAGAGAAACGGCAGCAGGAGGAAACCAACCGAGUCAAAGAGCGCAAGCGCAAGCGGGAGAAGUAUGCAGAAAAGAAGAAAAGGGAAGACGAAUUGGAUGGGAAGAGGAGAAAGGAGGGUGUGAACCUGGUGAUCCCGUUUGUCCCGUCAGCUGAUAACUCCAACCUCUCCGCUGACGGGGAUGACUCCUUCAUCAGCGUGGACUCGGCUAUGCCCAGCCCGUUCAGUGAGAUCUCCAUCAGCAGCGAGCUGCACACGGGCUCUAUCCCCCCAGACGAGAGCAGCAGUGACAUGCUGGUCAUCGUGGACGAUCCAGCCUCCUCAGCACCUCAGUCUCGAGCCACCAACUCUCCUGCCUCAGUCACAGGGUCCGUCUCAGACACCGUGAAUGGAAUUUCCAUUCAGGAAAUGCCAGCUGCAGGACGUGGCCACUCAGCUCGAAGCCGGGGCCGCCCCAAAGGUUCUGGAAGCACAGCCAAAGGAGCCGGCAAAGGCCGAAGCCGAAAGUCCACUGCGGGCAGUGCUGCUGCCAUGGCAGGAGCCAAAGCAGGGGCUGCGGCCGCCUCUGCAGCCGCCUAUGCUGCAUACGGGUAUAACGUGUCUAAAGGCAUCUCCGCCAGCAGUCCUCUGCAGACAUCCAUUGUUCGGCCCGCUGGCCUUGCUGACUUUGGACCGUCAAGCGCCUCUUCCCCCUUGAGUUCCCCCUUGAGCAAAGGAAAUAAUGUUCCUGGGACUCCCAAGACCCUCCUCUUGACCAGCAGCCUCGCCCCGGACUCCCUAGCCCGGAAGCAGGGCAAAGGCACCCACCCCUCUGGAGGGCGGUAACCCCUGGGCCCUCCGGUUUCCUUCAACCAAACCAGAGCUAGAGGCGUGGCCUGCAGAUUUUCUCCGGCUGGCGUGACCGCUGCAGCACUACGAGGACAGGCACCACCAGGCUCUCAAGAAGUGUGUAAUGGGGUUGCAUGGAGAGCAGCCCCUGCCUGUCACACGACGUUAUAGCCAAGUCUUAACACCUCAUCCUGGGAGGAGCUGCUGGGGCACAGGGCUCUCUCUCUGGUCCAGGCCCAGAAAUGCAGUGAAGAUCCUGCUGCCGGGGAUGGAGAUGGACGUUUCCAGGGCUGGGCGCCCCUCCCCUGGACAGGGCAGGCGGGCCCUAGGGAGCUGGCAUCCUGGGGUCUGCAGUGUCGGGGUGGAGGAGACUGAGGGUGACAGGUCAGGCGCCGCCACCCCGGGACCCUGGUGUCUUCCCAGCGUUUCCUCCCUUCAGCUCCCACCAGCAGCAGUAGCAGCAGUGCCCCUUCUGCCCCAGGAGUCUCCUCGGUCAACUGGGAGUGCCCUUGCCCUUCCUGAUCCUGAAUGCACAGCCCCACCCCCGCCCCACCCAGCUGCCCCUGCUUGGCUGUAUGCACUGUCUGUAUUGCACUGAGAACAGAAGGGACCGCAGGAGUGAGAAGACAGAGAAGAGGACAAGCUCAGCGCCCCUCCCCACUCCCCUGCACCACCAGCCUGAGCUUGCUCCCCCAGAGGCAGGGGGCAGUCUGCAUGGGAGGGUCAGCCUACCCCAGCCAGACGCCCCAUAGGGCAGGUGCUUUGGGGUGGGCCAGCCUCUAAUUUGCACACCUGAAAAUCGCGGAAUUGAAUUUAGAUAGAUUGAUUUUUUUAAACCCUUUUUUUUUUUUUUGAGUAUGGGUCAUCAGGGGAAUCAUUUAAUUUAAAUCAUUUAAGAUUUCCCUGCCCAAACCCAGACUCCUGUGUACAGAUACUAUUUAGAGGGAAUCAGAAAAAUGCCAAGCCUUUUUUCUCUUUGAAUGUGCUGUCUAUUUUUAUAACUGAACUUGUACAUAUGUAUAAAGAGAGACACAUCUUUCUUUUACUAACUGGAGAAAAAAAAUCUUAAAUAAAAUGGAGUGAGAUAAUUUUA